AGGCUACAUCCUGGAAACUACCGUAGCAACGUUUGUUUAUGAGCUCCGGAGUCCGCAGCUGUGCUCACUGCUCAGCAGGCACACAGAGAGGACGGGGGCAAUGACGUCAGAAAGUGGUGCAGGAAGAUAGGCACGAGAGAAACGAGGGAGAGCGUUAACGGAGGCUAAACAGACCAUGAAAAGGUAUGAUGACAGACAAUUACAGUCCGUGUGCUGGAACUGAUCAGGAAGCAUGGGGCUCAGGCUGGGUGGCAAGGGACAACAGAGCCACAAGAUGGUGAUCUUUGCUGCCAUCCUCAUCCUGAUGACGCUCUUCAUCCUGUACAGCUCCAACAAUAACAGCAGCAUCGAUGCUGUCUACGCUUCUUUCCAUGUGGCUACCAACCAUGCCGCCAAGACCACAGACCUGAGGAAAUGGACAGGAAAAGACGGCUAUGUGCCAAUUUAUGGGAACAAAAGUAUGACCAUGCACUGUCAUGAGUGUGCACUGGUGACGAGCUCCAGCCACGUCUUGGGUAGUCGAGCGGGAGACGAGAUUGACCGCACCGAGUGUGUGAUCCGCAUGAACGAUGCCCCUACGACGGGGUAUGAAUCUGACGUCGGGAACCGGACCACUCUGAGGGUCGUAGCCCACUCCAGUGUGUUCAGGGUGGUCCGGAGACCUAAUGAGUUCCUACGACAUACAGACAGCCACCCAGUGAUCAUUUUCUGGGGACCCCCAAACAAGAUUGGGAAAGAUGCCAAAGGAACCCUGUACAGAUUGAUCCAGAGAGUCAGCAUGACCUACAGAGACUUCUCUUGUUUCACUGUCACACCGAGCAAAAUGCGCAGAUUUGACAGCCUGUUCCAAAGAGAGACAGGACGUGACCGACAAAAAUCUCACUCGUGGUUGAGCACAGGUUGGUUCACAAUGGUCAUAGCCAUUGAAAUAUGUGAUAAUAUCAAAGUAUAUGGGAUGGUUCCACCCAAUCACUGUGGAAGAAAAUCUGGAUCCAAGAAGAUGCCAUACCACUACUACAAGCCCAGGGGCGGUGAUGAAUGUGUAACAUACAUCCAGCACGAGAGCAGCCGAAGAGGAAACCACCAUCGCUUUAUUACAGAGAAACAGGUGUUUGCACGCUGGGGAAAGCAGUACAACAUCAGCUUCACUCAUCCCAAAUGGUAAAAAGCACUUUUCUGAAGACUUUUCUCUGGAGUUAACAGGUGCACAAAUGAGCUUUAUCGGUUUGAUUUCAUUGGAACUUCCCCCCGGAUGAGACCUCUUUAAAAAAAACAAAAACAAAACAGACUAAGUAUGAAUGAUGGAUAUUUUCAGAAACAGAUGAAAAGCCUAAUAUUGGACCGCAUCUCGGAAUAGAGGCAUGGGAUUUUUUAU